UAUGUGGUUGGGGGAUAUGUAUGAUGCCACACAUUGAGAACAAAGAUUUGGGAAUGUCGUUCCUAUAAGUAUAAGAAGGAAAAAGGGGAACGACAUUCGUUCCCAUUUCUACGCUCUCAAAAAUGAGUGGAAGCAUUCAGGAUGUCAGAAUGCCAGGAGUUUACGGUGAAUCCAAUGGUGGAGCGCACAAAUAUUUUUUCACGGUUCAAGAUGGUUUGGAUCCCUGUGGCCCAUUCGUAGUUCCUUUGAGCUUGCAAAACAAAAACGAGGACGAAAAGCAACGACGUAUUCUAGAAACGUUGCGGCAGCUUGAGUCAAAGGC